AUGACGACCAGCGAAGAUAUUGCAUACUCCCUCAUCAGCAUAUUUGAUGUCAGCAUGCCAAUAACGUAUGGGGAGGGCCAGCGGUCCUGGUUUCGGUUGAUGGAAAUCAUCUUGAAACAAUGCAAGAGCUGGGAAAUCUUUGUAUGGGCAGGAGAAUUGUCUCCAUAUUCCAGCGCAAUACCUCGGUCGCCCAAAGGCUAUGAAGCUUUUGAUAUACAGAACUCCACAGAACUGAGCGAGAAUCUCGAUAUGGGGAAGGUGGAGAGAAUUGUCGGGGAGACACCUGAUCUCCAUGGUGACCAUGUGUUUGCAAUGACAAGACAUGGACUGCAGAUGAAGUUACCGCUUCUUGACGUGGAGUUUAAACCGUCCGCAUCAAUCGGCCACUAUUCACGCCCGGACUCCAGGCUACCUCGGACGGUCAAAACCUCGGGAUCUCCUUGUGCGAGUCACAUGCCGCCAACUGGAAUCAAAGGCAGAGACUUAUCGUCUUGGAAUAGUAAAUUGCAGCCCGAACGGACUGGCUCGACGGAACCAUGA